CUCGUCGCCAUGUGUGUCCGCCGAUGUCGUUCUUUCGUCUUCCUGCGUCACUCGAGUCCUGAAGAUACCAGCACCGAGUCCCAUUUGGCCGGGCCAAAGCCCAACUCGUACUAAUCCCUGCGCCGGAUGCGCUGCUUCCUGCUCGCACUUUUGUCUCUCUGUCUCUCUCUCUCUCUCGCCCCCUCCUUCCUCACUCGCUUCGCCGUCUGUCGCUCCUCCUCCUCCUCUCCACCUCUUCCUAAAGGAAACGCAUCCCAACACUGCUCUCUCCUCCCUUCUCUGCCAUUGCAGACAUCUCCGCUCCCACCAACCUUCUCUUCCGCAGCUGUCCCGGCAACUAAGUGUAAUGGAGAAAACAAGAUCGAGCCGCUUUCUAUAGCGACGAACCCGAAAGAAGAGGUAGGAGAGGUGGAGCAGUACGACAUCGUGUGAUUCUUGAUUUGGUGGAUUCGAGUUCUUUUUCUAUGGGCAGUGAACAAGAUGGGAUUUUGAGCAGCAACAAUGUGUCGGCUGGGGGCCUCGUGUGGGUGCGUCGCCCUAACGGGUCAUGGUGGCCGGGCCGGGUUGUUGGUCGGGAUGAAUUGCCAGCGAAAUGUGUGCUUCCGCCGAGAUCAGGGACUCCCAUCAAGCUUCUUGGUAGAGAAGAUGGGAGCAUGGACUGGUAUAAUCUUGCAAAAUCAACUCGUGUCAAAGCAUUUCGUUGUGGGGAGUUUGAUGAGUGCAUUCAGAAGGCCAUGGCUUUUGCAAUCCGUUCAAAGAAAAGUUCAACCAGUACAGGGAAGUACAUUCGCAGAGAAGAUGCCAUUCUCCAUGCCCUGGAGAUUGAAAAGGCUUACUUCCUUACUGGGAAGCAGAAUGGCUCAGGAGUGAAGGACCCUUUCAGAACAAUGGGUUAUGAUUUUCCCAUGAAGUCAAGAAAGGUAUAUGGGCUUGACAAACAAUUAGGUCAUGUGGCCAGGAAACUCGAUGUUCUUGAGGAGAAUUCGGCUCAAGAGGUAUCUCAAUCUUUAGUGUCAUAUGAACAAACAAACGAUCUGAUUUCUCCUGAUAUUAAGCAAUCAGAAAAAAAAAGAAGGAAAACUCCAAAUGAUUCAGAAGAUAACGAAGGAAUAAAACGAAUGAGAGAUCUUCAGGAAAUAGGUUUGGGGGUUGUAUCCAAUAGAAAGCCUAAUGUGCAUGCUAGCACAGGAUGGUCCACUGAGCUAGGCCUUCCUGACAAUGCUUCACUUAGCAAGUCAGACAUUUAUGAUGGAUUUUCUAGUUUGAGUUCAAUAAAGAGCAGCAAAGAUUCUUUUUCAUCCCUGAAAAGGAAGAGAUCACAUGUGGCCCAAUCUCAUGAGAAUGUGAGAAGAAAAGAUCGUCGACUAGCACUUAGUAAAGUUUGCGAGGGUACUAAAGUUAUAGUUCCAUCAUAUUGUCACUGGGAUGGUGCUUUUGGAGGGCAACCAUCUCUUCAAGGGGCUUCUCCAAAUAAGUUGAAUGAAUUGCUAUCUAAUUCAAGGAGGACAGAUAUUUCAUGUGACAUCACCGUCAGCCCACACUGUUCAGGAACUUCAAGUGAGGCAUUGUUGAAUGCUUGUGAGAACACUCGUGAAAUUGAUGAUGCAAAUUUUGAUUCUGAAGUAAAGGACUCGGAGCUUGCGAGCAUGUUGGAGUUUAUUGACAAUGACUGCUCCGAUGGCCUCAUUGAUAUUCCCCUGAUAAUGGCAGACAAUAUCAGGGAAGAUUUUUCAAUCAUGUUUGAACACUUUCCAACUAGAGAUCUUCACCCUGAUGUAGCAGAAAAGCAACAUAAUGGUUGCCACCAGGAUGAACUUGAAUCACACUUCACAGAAGGACUUGGUGAGAGUAGCUUCACUGGCUCGGAGGGUCGGUUUAAGAACAUCAAAGGGGAAACAGAAAAAAGGUCCUUGGAACGGCAUUUAAACCAUAAAAAGAACCUGAACAAUUCAAGGUUUAGCAAAAAUACAAGUUCAGAAAACUUUAUGAAUGGGGCUGUUCCUGACAGUUCCUUGAAGGGUAAAAUACAGGAGGAAAGGUAUUUUGCAGGUUGUAAAAUUGAUGGCAGUUGUUUUGGUGAAUCCGUGACCUCCAAUUCUCAUGGUGGUCAGUUGGUGAAGGAUGAAUCAGUCUCAGAGGUACAUGACGUUCCCCCAAAUCAGAGUUCUGAUCUUCACCUUUCUGAUGAACAUGGACAUUCCCUGUCAGAACUUGUAAAAAUUCAGCCUGCACAUGCAAGAGAUCAAGAUAGAUCAUCCAAGAGACAUGUGCCUAUCUCCGCUCUGCUGAUUCAACGAUUGUUUCCUCAUGGCCAGGUUUCUCUAUCAACUAGCUCUAAGUAUCAGGUGUCGAAGCAACUGAAAUUUACAGGUGUGGGUUCUUGUCUAUACGAUGUUGAAGUGACUGUACAAUCAAGCUAUCGUGGACCUCAUGUACCUCUAAUAUCUCUCAUGAGUAAAUCAAAUAGUAAAGAAAUUGUCGGUCACCCCGUUCCUAUAGAGGUUGUGGAAGAUGGCUUAGUCGAUACUCUGUUAACUACCAGGCAUAUUGAUCAGUCACUGAAGGAUGGGGGAAAUAGUAUUGGGAAAUCGCUACCUAAAAGGAAGUCGGCCCAGAUGUAUCUCAAUGUUGUUGGGAUAAACUGUGAAGUUACAAAUGUUACUUCAUUGAAAAGGAAAUAUUCGAAAAACAGGAAACCAAGGUUGUCUCCCAGAAAGAUCAGAAGGCUGUCAUCAAUUAAUGUUGAUCAGAAAGAAAAGGGAGAAGAGAGAAAGCCAGUGGUUGAAAAGAUGGUGGGACCUGCCGUUGCAUGUGUUCCACUUAGACUCGUCUUCAGUAGGAUCACUGAAGCAUUGAGCUCGUCAACACGAUUGACAAGCAAUAGCUAACAUCAAGUGUAUUGGAACAAUGACUUUUCUCAAAGCAUGACUCGGUCAUGAGUGUGUGCUUUCUACCUACUUGGCAUUUCUCGGUCACUGACACUGUAAAUUUCUACUGCUUGUUUGAUGCAUAAUGUUGUCCA